CAUGAUCAUUCAUUCACUUCAACUAAACAUCAGUUGCUGUACGUCAUGGCCCAAGUAGUAGUGUUGCAGCUGCGCCAUGUUCUCCAUGAGUUGCUGCUGCCACAAGCAUCAGCAGUAGUCUCCAUCCUGCUCAUGAUCAUCUGCCCUCUUCUGGCCCUCCUGAUCGUCCGCCGCCCAUUGGCGGCGGCCACCGCAAGAAGAGCUAGAGAACAGCUGCUGAGCAAGCUGCCUUCACCCCCCUCCAGGCUCCCCGUCAUCGGCCACCUCCACCUUGUCGGCUCCCUCCCGCACGUCACCCUCCGUGACCUCGCCGGCAAGCACGCCGCCGGCGGCCUCAUGCUCCUCCGCCUCGGCACCGUCCCCAACCUCGUCGUGUCAUCCCCGCGCGCAGCACAGGCUAUCAUGCGCACCCACGACCACGUCUUCGCCUCGCGCCCCACGACCGCCAUCACUGACGCACUCCUGUAUGGCUCGUCUGACAUCGCCUUGGGCCCCUAUAGCGAGCACUGGCGCCAGGCCAAGAAGCUCGUCACCACACACCUCUUCACCGUCAAGAAGGUGCACUCCUACCGCCAUGCCCGGGAAGAAGAGGUGUGCCUGGUGAUGGCCAAGAUACGGGAGGCGGCGGCAGCGAGCACAGCUGUGGACAUCGGCGAGAUGAUGAACACAUUCGCCAACGACAUCAUCAGCCGCGCCGUGUCGGGCAAGUUCUUCAGGGCGGAAGGCAGGAACAAGCUCUUCCGGGAGCUUGCUAAUAGCAACUCCGUUCUAUUAGCAGGAUUCAACCUCGAAGAUUACUUCCCCGGCCUCGCGAAUUCGCUAGGCUUCCUCACAGGAUGGUUCAUGCGCACCAGGAUCCACAAGGCACACAGAAGGUGGGACGACAUGCUUGAGAAGAUAAUAAACGACCAUGAGGGAAGAAAAUCUGUGCCUCUUCAUGACCAAGAGAGUGACUUCACCGAUGUGUUGCUCUCCGUUCAGCAAGAGUAUGGUAUCACCAGAGAUCACAUCAAGGCCAUCUUGAUCGACAUGUUUGGCGCGGGCACAGACACAUCAUCUUUGGUCCUGGAGUACGCCAUGACCGAGCUCAUGCGCAAACCUCAGCUUAUGACCAAGCUACAAGCUGAAGUCAGGAGGCACACACCCAAGGGUCAAGAAAUGGUCAAGGAAGAGAACCUAGCUAGCAUGGUCUAUCUGAGAGCCAUCGUGAAGGAGACACUAAGGCUGCACCCACCUCUUCCGCUCCUCCUCCCUCACCUAUCCAUGGCGGACUGUGUCGUCGAUGGCUACACAAUCCCACCCGGCGUUCGAGUCAUCGUCAAUGCGUGGGCUAUUAGCAGGGAUCCAGAGUUAUGGGAGAAGCCGGAGGAGUUCAUGCCAGAGAGGUUCAUGGAUGGUGGGAGUGCCGUGGCCAUCGACUAUAGAGGGAACGACUUUCAGUUUGUACUAUUUGGGGCUGGAAGGAGGAUCUGUCCUGGUCUCAACUUUGGUUUGGCUGUGGUUGACAUCAUGCUGGCAAACCUCGUGUAUUGUUUUGACUGGCAGCUGCCAAACGGCAUGGAGGCCAAGGAUAUUGAUAUGACAGAGGUGUUUGGAUUGGCAGUCCGUCCAAAGGUGAAGCUCAUGCUAUUUCCGAAACCAGCGCUGGCCCCCUAACUCAGUGAUUGAUCGUAUCUGUCACACCCUGCGUAGCAGCUAUAUAUACAAUAAUGCAAUGCUGCUUUAACUAGCUAUUUGCAGGUACGGGACACAAUGCAUACAUCCCGGUUCACAUUAUAUGUGAGAUCAUGUUAUAUGUAUUAUAUUUAUAUGUAUAAUACAUACAUAUAUAUA